AUGGUAAUGGUGAACUUAAUAUUUAAACAAAUUUUCGACAUCACAACUUUGAUUUCGAGCGAUAAAAUAGUGAGAAGGAUAGCCACUGUAUUAGCACUAUUCACUAUUUUCAUUGGAAUAUUUGUUAGUUUUCCUGCUGCCUCAAUUUUAUUUGUAUCUUAUAUUUUUGGAUUAAUUGUGUCAUGGAAUCUUAUCAAGUACCGAAAACACACUGGGCUGUACUUACAGAGACUCAUCAGCUUUUAUCAUGGACGGAUAUCAGGAAAAAACGUUCUCAGACAGUCUUGCAGUAUUUGUGACAACUUAUCCUGUAGAAGACAUCAGCAAAAUAAGAGUGCAAUCCCGUGGAAAUACCUACUUGUGAACCGUGAUCUGAACUAUUCAGUAGAGCAUUUUUAUGAAAGGAUUGUUACAAAUUUUAUAUCUUCAUGGUAUGAACAAUUCACGGAAGAUGAAGAUUUCAAAAGUGAACUGAGAUACUGUUUUCGAUUUUCAACUGCUACAAUAAUCAGAAGAAUUUUAGAAUUGGAUAUUGGCAAAAUUAUUACUGAUAAGCUCCUACCUUGUGUGGUGAGACAUAUUGAUGAUUAUCUAUACAUGCAACAAAUAGGAAAGUUGAAAAAUGUGAGAUUCAAUGAAGUUGUAUUGGAAUAUCUGGGUAAAAGAUUACAUGCUGCUGCAACUAAUAGGAAUAAUGAACUUGGGUAUUUGAGGAAUAUCGCCUCAGCACUUCUACCACAUGUCCUUCCAGAUGCUUACUUAAAAUGCAGGAAUUACUCUGUGAUAAUGCGGGAAAUUUUGUCUGGAUGGGUUUUUCUCCCUCUUAUGGAUGUUCUGGCUGAUCCGAACAUCAUCAACUCUCUAGUUAUUUUGACGACAACGUAUAAACCGAAAAAAACUUUUAAAAUCAGUAGAGAUGGUGACUAUGUGGAAUUCUUGUACAGCAACGUUAACAUUAAUCGAAAGUCAUCUUCAUUUGCCAUGACCUUGAAUAAGAUUAAAAAUAAACCUGAUUUGCUGUAUGCUUUCAUGCAGUUUUUGAAGAAAUAUGAUCAUGUGAAUAUGUUGCAGUUCUGCUUAGAUGUUGAUGAUUUCAACUUCAAACUCCUAAUGCCAGAUCUGUCAAAAAAACAGCUAGAUGAAUUACAUUCGGAUGCACAGAAAUUAUAUGGAGAAUAUUUAUUCAGAGGUAGUUUUAGUUUCAUCAAUUGCCCUUCUGAAAUCUCAGAAGCCUUUCAGUUUGCAAUGAAGAAUCCGGAAGAAUUGUUAGAUCUUUCAAAACUUCUAUAUACCGCAUACGACCAUACAUUCAAUAGUUUAGAAUGUGAAUGGUUGCCCCAAUUUUUCCAUAGCAAUGAAUUCUAUGGAUAUAUUUGUGGAUCAAGAAUAAUCUCAACAUAUACCAAGCAACUAUCGAAUAAAUCUUCGUUUGGUUCACCAAUAAAAGACAGAUCGAAAAAAUAUGAUUCGUCAAACCAAGGCAGUUCCAAAAUUAGUUCUGGCCUUGGAAAAAUCAAAGGCGUAUUGAAACCAACUCAGCCUAUAGAAGGGUCUUUCUUUCCUGUAGAUUCUCAAGGCAUCGAGAAUGGUAUUGCAGAAGAUAUAUUUCUAGGAGAUUGUAACAGUCUCUUCAGAGAUCUUAGUACUUGGAAAGUGUCGAUACCCACUUAUCAAGCCAGUCCUUCGAAUAAAGCUAUAUACUUUUAUGUUCAUAUCGAAUGUUCCGAUUUGCUCGCACGAGAUAGUAGAAAAAAUUGGUUUGUAUUAAGAAAAGAUCAGGACUUUUACACAUUAAAAUCCAAACUGGUGGAAUUUCACGGAGAAACUGAAAUUUGUGAUUCUCCACUGCCAUCCAGAAAAACUGGAUCGUCGAUUGAAACCAGGAUAACAAAAUAUGAGGAGUUUCUGAAGAAACUUCUUCUGAAAUCUACUUUGAAAGGCAGUGACUUACUGUAUUAUUUCCUUACUACUGAAGAAGAUUUCACGAUAUAUAUUGCUCAAAAUGCUACAAAUAUUCAAGAUAUUGGAAAUAUUUACCAAUCUGUUGCCUAUAAACUGAGAAAAGAGAAGGGUCAAUAUUUGGACUCCUUUAUGAUGUCUUUUUUGAACUCGACAGGAAUACAAAAAAAUGAAAAAUUGGAAUUGACUGAGGUGGGAGAGGAAAUUGGUUCAUUCUCCAUUUCAUCUCAAAUGCAUUCGCCGAAAACUUAUCGAAAUCAUAUUUUCAAUGAUAACUUUGGAGUUCAGUAUAAUUGCUUGAAAACUGCUAAUGGUGAAUCAUUCACUCCAGAAGGAAUAGGAGACAGUGCAUUUUAUCUCUUGAAACACAUCUUCAAGAUUCCUAAUGGUAUCCUGAAAUUAUAUGCAUCAAUAUGUAGUGUUGCCCAAUACGUUGUUGAAAUGACUAGUAGACUAUUUAUUGAACGAACAAUUAAAUCUAAUCUUAGCCAAUCAAAUUUGGCUCAUCUCAUUAAAUUGUUGGAAGAUAUUGUUUUCAAUCCCCAUGUAUCCCCAACAAAAGAUGAAUUGAAGAAGAGGCAAAUAAGAGCUUUCCAGGAAUUGAAUAAUUCAAUACCUACUAAAGUUACAAAAAUUUUUGGUAAUGGUGUUAAAGAUGGAUCCUCGGCUUUGUUGGAAGUAAUGCAACAUCCACAUUUCAAUAAACAGCUAGCUUAUAACUUAUUAGAUAUUGUUCUCUUAGAAAUAUACCCAACACUAGCUAAGGACGAAGGCUAA